GGUGUGGUAAGCAUGACAAUUAUUAUCACGAUUGUUAUGAUUGUUGAACAAUGGCUACCACUGUGAAUACAUCUGUCAAACCAUCUUUUCCACCUAAACCUGCUCCGAAACCUGGCAGGGUGAAAGUGGUGAGAGCACUUUACAAGUAUACCGCACAACGUCCCACUGAAUUGUCAUUCGAAGAAGAUGAGCUUCUUUAUGUCUAUGAUCAAGACACCAACGCAAAUUGGUGGAAAGCAAAGUGCAAUAAUCGUGAAGGGCUGAUACCAGCUAAUUAUGUUGGAGAACAAACGGAAGAAGUUGCAUUACCAUUGCACGAAGCUGCAAGGCGGGGUAAUAUUUCAUUCUUAAGAGAGUGUUUAAAAGGCGGUGUAUCUGGAACUGGAUUAGAUUCAACAGGUAAUACUCCUCUUUUUUGGGCAUCCCGAGCAGGUCACCUCGAUUGCGUCAAAGAAUUGUUGAGUUUGUCAAAUCCAGCAGUUAAUGCGCAGAAUAAAAUGGGUGACACACCUCUGCAUGCGGCUGCCAGUCAUGGACAUCUGGAAGUCGUGCAAAUACUGUUGGACGCAGGCACAGAUGCAAGCCUCAGGAACAAUGAAAACUUGACUGCAGAAGAAUUAGCUAGUGAUACAGCCAUAAAAAAUAUCAUACAAAUGAGUUAUAGAGAGUACUCUGGAAACUAUGAUUAUGACGAUAAUGAUUAUGAAGACGAUAGUGAUUAACGUCUCCAUGAUAAAAAUACGUUUAUACACAAACAGUAGUUUAUAUUCCACAAACAUAUUCAUACAGUUCCAAAGCUACUCUGAAAAGAUAUAUUUGAUACGAAAUACCAUGUAGAAAAGGAUCAUGUCAUGCGAGUUUGGAAAUCCCAGCACUUAUUAUGAACUUCGAAACUUCAUAAUAUGAGUUUGGUUCUCGAGCUCAUUUUCAGUGUACUUAAGAAAUGGGUUCAUGAAGCUCCAAAUGUGAGCAAGUGAAUUCUGAUUAAAUCUGUAGCUGUAAGAACGUAUAUUUUAUAUCAAGGAUCUCAAAAGAGUAUAAUUUUAUCAGGGUAUUUAUAAAUGUAAUAGCAAUAGCGUGAGUUUGAAGAAUUAUACUAUUGAUGUAUGAGUAUCAGAAACAAGCCAUGAAAUAUGUAACGUUUUUAUUAAAUUAUAAUACAUUUGUUUCUAUAUUAGACCCCGAA